AUGCCGAUGGUGCGUCACGCGUCCUCUCCGCGUCCAACUCCGCAACAGCAACACAGCCAGGAGGAUAUGAUGAACCCACGACGACUAUUUUCGACGUGGCGCUGUCUUCAGCAUGAGAACCCUCUGGGCCUCCCACGCUCUGGCGCCCCUCCACCGAUGCCGCGCAUGCAACGGGGGCUACCACAAAAGAGACGCAUAAAAGACGUGAAGAAGGUGAUUGCAGUCUCAUCGGCAAAGGGAGGCGUUGGGAAGAGCACAAUUGCAGUCAACCUCGCCUUAUCCUUCGCACGAAGAGGCUAUAAAGCUGGCAUUCUCGACGCGGACAUAUUUGGACCCUCGAUUCCCACACUCCUCAAUCUGUCUGGGGAACCACGCCUAUCCGUCAACAACCAACUCCUUCCACUAUCAAACUAUGGCCUAAAGUCCAUGUCAAUGGGCUAUCUCAUUCCCGAAUCAUCGCCUGUGGCAUGGCGGGGCUUGAUGGUCAUGAAGGCGCUACAGCAAUUGCUUCAUGAAGUGGAGUGGGGUGGCCUCGAUGUUCUCGUCCUCGAUAUGCCACCAGGCACCGGGGACGUGCAACUCACAAUUACCCAACAAUUAAUGCUGGAUGGCGUGAUCGUUGUGUCCACACCACAAGACUUGUCGCUUAAGGACGCUGUUAAGGGCGUGGAGCUGUUUAAAAAAGUUGAUGUGAAUCUGCUCGGCCUAGUCUGCAAUAUGACAGGGUUCAAAUGCCCCGGCUGCGGCACUGUCCAUGAAAUUUUUGGAAACAUGAGCAAGAUCCGCGCCAUGUGCGACAAAUACGACCUGAGAACGUUGGGCGAGAUACCACUUCACCCGAGCAUUAGCGAUGAUGCUGACAGUGGCAAACCAACGGUGGUGGCAGACCCCGAUGGAGAACGGGCUGUGGCAUUUGGGAAAAUUGCGCAAGAGGCGGAACUUUCAAUCGGGCUGAAGAAGUCGUGA